AUGAGAAGCAGGGAAAGUAAGAAGACAAUUCAUGUCCAAGUCCUUGAAGUACUCAAAAGAGUUUGUCACCAAAUUUCAACUUUGGAUGAUCAAGAACUUGAAAGAAUUGGAGUGUAUGAUAGCCUUUUCCUUGCCACCAAGUUAGGGAUAGUUGAAAUCGUCACCGAGCUUAUAAAAACAAAUCCCACUUUAUUAGACAAAGUGGAUAAGCAAGAUCGAAAUAUACUUUCACUUGCAAUUCUGUCUCGGCAAGAAAAAAUCUUCAAUUUCAUCUGCGAAAGAAGUGGAAUAGCGAAUUCACUUUCGCAUUCAAAGGAUAUUUACCAGAACAACAUAUUACAUCUAGCUGGAAUAUCUUCUCCUUUCUCUCUUGAACAGGGUAAGAUGCCUGGUGCUGCUUUGCAAAUGCAACGAGAGCUGCAAUGGUUUCAGGAAAUGGAGAAAAUAGCACCAGCAUAUGCUAGAGCAGAAACCAACUCAAAGGGUUUGAAACCUCGAGAAUUGUUUACACAGGAGCACAAAAUAUUAGUAAAAGAAGGGGAGAAAUGGAUGAAGGAUGCUGCCAAUUCAUGUAUGGUUGUUGCCACACUAAUUGCAACCUUUACAUUUGCAGCAGCUUUUACUGUUCCAGGAGGAUUUCAUCAAGUUUCAGGCUAUCCACUUUUCUUGAGACACAAGUUAUUCUAUCUUUUUAUACUAUCAGAUGCUUUAUCACUCUUCUCCUCCUCCACUUCAGUGCUGAUGUUUCUUUCCAUCUACACAUCUCGUUAUGAAGAAGAAGAUUUUCUCAAGGCGUUGCCUAAGCGAUUGAUCAUUGGUCUCUCCUCCCUCUUUUUCUCUAUAUUGACAAUGAUGGUAACCUUUUGUGCAACCAUGUUUCUUAUCCUCACUAAAAAACAUAGGUGGAUUGCCAUUCCCAUCACUUGCCUUGCUGGUGUCCCAGUUACAUUCUUCGUUUUGUUGCAAUUUCCACUCUUUCUUGACAUGUUUUGGUCCACCUAUGGUCCUGGGUUAUUCAAAAAGCCAAAAGAUAUAAGACCUAAUGAUUUAGGCCCAAGUCCAUCAAAUCCACAAGACCCGGGGCCUAGUCACCUAAGACCAUCAUGUCCCCAAGACCCGGGGCCUAGUCAAUACCGAGAACCAAUUCGUAUAUGA